AUGAAGUUCUUCAUCGCUGUCCUUGCCCUCGCUGCCACUGCCAUUGCUGGCGACUCCGAUACCACCUGCAAGAGCGAUCAGAGCAUGGUCUGCAAGGACAGCAGCAACGGCGGUUUCCUGACCCUGAGCAACAUUGCCAACGGCGCCCUUGGCGAAGACUGCAGCAAUGGUGAAGUUUACUGCUGCUCCCAGAAGGACAUUGAGGAUAUCGGCCUCCUCAACCUCGAUGUGAACGCUCAGUGCAGCUUGAACCGCGUGAUUUAA